AUGGAAGGGGGAGAUGUUGGGGCGGAGGGCCGCCCCACGUGGAAAAGCAGCAGCAGCUCCUCCCGAGGAGAAGCCUCUCUUCACAGCCAAAGGUGCGGUCCAUCCAUGAAGAUGGAAGCUAAGUUUUGUGAGACAGAAAGUACUCGGUUGGAGGAAGGGCAGCGGACCUGGGACCCGGCGUGUGCCAAAGAUGCCGUCUCACGCAGCAGUGAAGAGACAGUGCUGAUCCAUUCUCUUUGCAGAGGUGUGGAGACAGCUGCUUCUCCAGUCCAGUCUCCAGUUUCUUUUGAGGAGGUGUCAGUGCAUUUCACUGAGGUAGAGUGGGCCCUGCUGGAUCCGGACCAAAGAGCUCUCUACAAGGAAGUCAUGCUGGAGAACUACAGGAGUGUGGCCUCUCUGGAGCUCCUUAGGCAUCAGAGAACACAUAAACCUUAUACCUGCUCAGACUGUGGCAAGAGCUUCUCACAAAAAUCAGACCUUUUUCAACACGAAAGAAUUCAUUCUGGAGAGAAGGCACAUAAAUGCUUUCAUUGUGGGAAGUACUUCAGAUACAGAUCACACCUCCUUGUGCACCAAAGAGUACACACAGGGGAGAAACCUGUUGAAUGCUCAGAGUGUGGAAAGAGAUUCAGUCAGAGUGGCAGUCUUCGAAAUCAUCUAAGAACCCACACAGGGGAGAAACCUGUUGAAUGCUCAGAGUGUGGAAAGAGAUUCAGUCAGAGUGGCAGUCUUCGAAGUCAUCUAAGAACCCACACAGGGGAGAAACCUUUUGAAUGCUCAGAGUGUGGAAAGAGUUUCAGAAAGAGUAGCCAUCUUCAAAGUCAUUUAAGAACCCACACAGGGGAGAAACCUUUUGAAUGCUCAGUGUGUGGAAAGAGAUUCAGUCGCUGUGACGGGCUUCGAAGUCAUCUAAGAACCCACACAGGGGAGAAACCUUUUAAAUGCUUGGAGUGUGGAAAGAAAUUUCGUCAGACUGGUGAACUUAAAAUGCAUCAAAGAACCCACACAGGGGAGAAACCUGUUGAAUGCUCAGAGUGUGGAAAGAGAUUCAGUGAGAGUGGCAGUCUUCGAAGUCAUCUAAGAACACACACAGGUGAGAAACCUUUUGAAUGCUCAGUGUGUGGAAGGAAAUUCAGUCGCAGUGGCAGUCUUCAAAGGCAUCAAAGAACCCACACAGGUGAAAAACCUUUUGAAUGCUUAGAGUGUGGAAAAAGAUUCAGUCACAGUGGCAGUCUUCGAAGUCAUCUAAGAACACACACAGGUGAGAAACCUUUUGAAUGCUCAGUGUGUGGAAAGAAAUUCAGUCGCAGUGGCAAUCUUCAAAGUCAUCUAAGAACCCACACAGGUGAGAAACCUUUUGAAUGCUCAGUGUGUGGAAAGAGAUUCAGUCAAAAUAGCAGUCUUCGAAGUCAUCUAAGAACCCACACAGGAGAGAAACCUUUUGAAUGCUCAGUGUGUGGAAGGAGAUUCCGUGAGAGUGGCAGUCUUCAAAAUCAUUUAAGAACCCACACAGAGGAGAAACCUUUUGAAUGCUCAGAGUGUGGAAAGAGAUUCAAUCAGAGUGGCAGUCGUCAGCAUCAAAGAAUCCACACAGGGGAGAAACCUUUUGAGUGCUCAGAGUGUGGAAAAAGAUUCAUUCAGAGUAGCCAUCUUCAAAGGCAUCGAAGAACCCACACAGGGGAGAAACCUUCUGAAUCCUCAGAGUGUGGAAAGAAAUUCAGAAAGAGUAGCCAUCUUCAAAGUCAUUUAAGAACCCACACAGGGGAGAAACCUUUUGAAUGCUCAGAGUGUGGAAAGAGAUUUACUAGCAGUGGUGAUCUUCAAAGGCAUUUAAGAACCCACACAGGGGAGAAACCUUUUGAAUGUUCAGAUUGUGGAAAGAGAUUCAGUCAGAGUAGCAGUCUUCGAAGUCAUCUAAGAACCCACACAGGGGAGAAAUCUUUUGAGUGCUCAGAGUGUGGAAAAAGAUUCAUUCAGAGUAGCCAUCUUCAUAGGCAUCGAAGAACCCACACAGGGAAGAAACCUUUUGAAUGCUCCGAGUGUGGAAAGAGAUUUACGUUCAGUGGCAUUCUUCAACAGCAUCAGAGAACCCACACAAGAAACGGAGAUUGGUGCACAAUCCUAAAUCUAAAGCACGUCAACAAAUUUAUCCGGCUCAAACGUUUCAGGAUGGAGACACUCAGGUCCAUCAUAGAGGCACUCCGUCCCCAAGUGUUUCUGACGUCAAUAGACCUGACGGAAGUGUAUUUACACAUCCCCAUCUACCCCGAGCACCGAAUGUUUCUCCACUUUGCGUACAACCUUGAUCACUAUCAGUUUCGAGCCCUCCCGUUCGGUCUCUCAUCGGCCCCGAGGGGCUUUACCAAGGUCUUGGUGACAUUGGUGGCUCACCUGAGAGAGGUAGGGAUCCACAUCUUCCCAUAUUUAGAUGAUAUCCUGGUGAGCACUCCUUCUGAACAACUGCCCUUACAGCACACGGAGACCGUCCUCUGGGCUCUAGAACUCCAAGGUUUCCUGCCAAACGUCCACCCACACUCAGCCAGGGAUGAGGAUUUUGUCCCGAGUCGGCAGACUUACCAGCCGACGCGGGACAACAAACCGACGACUCCGCUGACUCUUCCACCCCUCGCAGACAACGAGGGGAGCUGA